AUGAAGCCGGUAUGCUCGACACUCACGGGGUUCACCGGUGCCUCAAUCUCGUCACUAGGGGUUAUCACCCUGCCCCUGACUUUGGGAGUUUUCCCGAAGACAAAAACAGUGAUGACCUCCUUUCUGGUAGUCGACCUCCCCGCGGCAUACAACGCCAUCCUCGGACGACCAACCCUCAACAAGAUCCGAGCUGUCAUCUCAACUUACUACCAAACCAUCAAAUUCCCGACCCACGAUGGGGUCGGGGAAGUAGCGGGGAACUCCUGGGAGUCCAAGCGUUGCUACUUGACUGCCAUGUCGCUAAACAAGAGAGCGAGGGUCCAAUCCCCGCUGGAAGACCCCCGGGAGGGAAAAAAACUGACUCCCCGCCCCGAGCCGAAGGAAUCCACCAUCGACUUGCCGCUGAUCAAAGGCAGCCCCGACCAAACAGUCAAAAUCGGGUCAGGACUGCCCGAACAGGAGCAGCGGCAGCUCGUCGGCCUUCUGCAAGCCAACGCCGACAUCUUCGCUUGGACGCCAUCUGACCUAGUAGGAGUCCACCCGGAAGUCGCGCUGCACCACCUAAACAUUUCGUCCGACGCCCGUCCGGUGAAACAAAGGCCCAAGAGGCAGGCCCCAGAUCGGAAACUAGCCAUCCGAGAAGAGGUAAACCGACUUCUGGCGGCCGAUUUCAUAGAGGAGGCCAAGUACCCACAAUGGCUCUCCAAUGUAGUACUUGUCAAAAAGCCUAAUGGAAGCUGGCGGAUGUGCAUUGACUACACCAGUCUCAACAAUGCUUGCCCAAAAGAUUGCUACCCCCUACCGAAGAUCGACCAGCUAGUCGACGCCACGGUCGGCCACGCCCGUCUCUCGUUUAUGGAUGCCUUCUCCGGGUACAACCAAAUUAGGAUGGCACCCGAAGACCAGGAACACACAGCCUUCCUCACCGAACAAGGGGUAUAUUUUUACAAAGUCAUGCUGUUCGGGUUGAAAAAUGCUGGGGCCACCUACCAGAGGACGGUGAAUAGGAUGUUCGCCCGCCAGAUUGGACGAAACAUGGAGAUAUAUGUCGACGACAUGAUCGUGAAGAGCCGAACAACGGAAGCUCAUUCUUCCGACCUGGCUGAAACAUUCGACACCCUGCGAAGGUUCGGCCUGCGCCUCAACCCUGCCAAGUGCGCCUUUGGCGUUACCUCGGGGAAAUUCCUCGGAUUCAUCAUACACGAGAGAGGGAUUGAUGCCAACCCGGAAAAGGUCCAGGCUAUCAUUGACAUGCAGCCCCCUCGGACGAUCAGAGACCUGCAGCGCCUUAACGGGAGGCUAGUCUCCCUAUCACGUUUCCUUUCCCGAUCGGGAGAUCGUUGCCUCCCCUUCUUCAAGGCCCUGAAGGACCCGAAGAAUUUCCGAUGGACGACAGAAUGUGAGAGGGCCUUCGAGCAGAUGAAUCAACACCUGGCCAACCUCCCCCGACUCGCUUCAGUCUCCCCGGGGGAGAAAUUGAGUCUCUACCUCGCCGCCUCCCAGCAUGCGGUCAGUUCGGUUCUGGUCAAGGAAAACUUCGGCGACCAACUGCCGGUCUACUAUGUCAGCCACAUGCUGAGCGGGCCAGAGGGACGCUACCCGCCAAUCGAAAAGCUGGCGCUGGCGCUCGUCCUGUCAGCACGAAAGCUCCGCCCUUAUUUCCAGGCCCACCCGAUAGAGGUAAUAACUGACCGGCCGCUUCGGCUUGUUUUGUCUAAAUUCGACGUUGCAGGGCGUCUCCUCAAAUGGGCAGUGGAGCUCGGCGAGCAUGACAUACAGUACAUACCUCGGACCGCCAUUAAAGCCCAGUCCGUGGUAGACUUUAUCGCGGAGCUGACCCCGAGCACAGGCGAAGAACUCGAGCCACCGCGUGACACGUGGACUCUCCACGUGGAUGGUUCGGCCAACGCAAAGGGCGCCGGAGCAGGGCUGGUGCUGGUGACACCUGACGGCCGCUCGAUUGAGCGCUCUUUCCGCUUCGAGUUCAGGGCCACCAACAACGAAGCAGAAUACGAAGCUCUCCUAGCGGGGCUCCAAUUGGCACUGGAAAUGCGGGUGACCGACAUACACGUCAUCACCGACUCACAGCUGGUGGCUAGGCAGCUCGACGGCGGAUACGAAGCCCGGGACCCGACCAUGGCGAAAUAUCUGGCACGGGUAAAAGGCCUUGCCACCAAGUUCGCCCAUUUUGAGUUGUCGAAUGUUCCCAGGAGCGAGAACCAGCGAGCCGACGCUCUGGAAAAACUGGCGUCCGGCUCGGCCCCCUGCGCUCGACCCGAGACCAAAGAGCUCCCUCACCGAGCCAUAGAGGUCGUCGCCACAGUCACGGGUGGCGCGCCGACCACUUGGGUACAGGAGAUGCUACGCUUCAAGCGGGACGGAACCCUACCCGACAAUGAAACCACGGCUGUACAAGCGGGACGGAACUCUAAAGUAGGAGGAAGGCUGUACAAGCGAUCUUUCUCGCGCCCCUUGUUACGCUGCCUAGAGCCGAACGAAGCCCGGACAGUUCUGUCCGACAUGCAUGAAGGGGCCUGCGGGAAACACAUAGGCGAACGAACCCUGGCGCACAAGAUACUCCGACAGGGAUACUACUGGCCGACCAUGCGCCAGGACACGAAAGCUUUCGUUCGGCGAUGCAGCUCAUGCCAGGAACACGCCCGCACCGCCCGACGGCCGGCGGUCCUGUUCACCCCUGUCGAUUGCGCUUGGCCAUUCGCGCAGUGGGGACUGGACAUACUCGGACCUCUCCCACCCGCUUCCGGGCACCGAAAGUACAUCAUCGUAGGAGUGGACUACUUUACCAGGUGGGUCGAAGCCGAGCCCCUAGCAACCAUCACGGAGUCACAAGUGGAAAAGUUCGUGUGGAGAAACCUCGUAACUCGGUUUGGCCUGCCCCAGUCCAUCGUCACCGACAAUGGACCUCAGUUCGCCGGCAGGAGGUUCCAAGAGUUUUGUGCCAAGCACAAAAUUCAGCUGAGGUUCAGCUCGGUGGCUUACCCCCAAGCGAACGGACUAGCUAAAGUAACCAACCGGUCCAUCAUCAACGGUCUCAAGAGAAGAGUGUCCGCUGCCCGAUCGGCCUGGAUCGACGAGCUCCCGAGCGUCCUAUGGGCGCUGCGCACUACCCCUAAGACCCCAACGGGGGAGUCUCCCUACAGCCUCACGUUCGGGACCGAGGCCGUAUUGCCAUCCGAAGUAGCUGUUCUGACUCCGCGGAUAGCAGGCUACGGCGAAGAGGCCUCGGGUGAAGAGCUCCGAUCCAACCUGGAUUUGCUCGAAGAAAGACGGGCCGACGCGCACCGGAAAACCCUUUUUUACAAGAGAGCCGUAGCGAGGGUCUACAACUGGAGGGUACGACCCCGAUCGAUAAAGCUAGAGGACUUGGUCCUGCGCAAAAUCGAGGUCAGCCACCCGACCCGAGCAAGGGGGAAACUGGCCCCGAAGUGGGAAGGACCCUAUCGAGUCAUCGGAGUGUCCCGACCAGGGACGUUCCGACUCGCAACAAUGGAUGGCGACCCCGUACCCAGGACUUGGAACAUACAGAACCUUAGGAAAUACUUCAUCUGA